AUGGAAGAAAAGACGGAAGAAAAAAUAGAAGAAAAAAUAGAAGAAAAAAUAGAAGAAAAAACAGAAGAGAAGAUGAAAGAAAAGACAGAAAAAAAGAUGGAAAAAAAAAUGGAAAAAAAAAUGAAAGAAGAAAAAUCUAAA